AUGCCCUUCGGCCUAACCAACGCACCGGCAGUAUUCAUGGACCUGAUGAAUCGGGUGUGCCGUCCUUUCCUGGACAAGUUCGUCAUCGUAUUCAUUGACGAUAUACUUGUCUAUUCCAAAAACGAGGAAGAUCACAAACAACACUUGAAAUCAGUACUGGAAACCUUAAGGACGGAGAAGUUGUACGCGAAAUUCUCCAAAUGUGAAUUCUGGAUCCGAAGAGUAACUUUCCUAGGUCACGUAGUAAGCGAGGAAGGCAUACACGUGGACCCCUCCAAAAUCAAAGCGAUAGAGAACUGGUCAGCACCAACGACACCCACUGAAAUCCGUCAAUUCUUGGGUCUCGCUGGCUACUAUCGCAGAUUUAUCCAAAAUUUCUCCAGAAUUGCCAAACCCUUAACCACUCUAACUCAGAAAGGCGUACCCUUUUGUUGGAGUGAAAAGCAAGACACUGCGUUCCAAACAUUGAAGCGGGCCCUAUGCAGCGCACCUAUACUGUCGCCUGCGCGAAGGGACAGAAGACUUCGUUGUUUACUGUGA